AUGAAUAACAAAUGCGACACGUCUAUUUUACCGAAUAAUGUUUUUAGUUUGAAAAGAAAUGAAUUUUUUGAAUGCAUACAACAAUUAGCUGGUGAAAUGUUGUGUGAAAUUUUAAAAAUUCAACUUAUUGAUUCUGCACAGGCACUCCUGAAUUCUAAUGAUAUUUUCGGUAUAUUUAAAUAUGAUUCAGCUGAAAUAAACUGUUUGAGAGAUAAAGUAUGUUUUAAAACAAUAAAAGGUGAUUAUCUUAUCAAAAGUGGUAUCACAACAAACCUAUUCAUGCUAAAAAAUUUAUUAAAUGCGAAAAAAGAAGAACAACAAAAUCUAAAUAAUAAUCAACAACAAGAGCAAAGGUUCAUUAAUUUAAUCAACAGUAAUUCUAUGCUAAAAUGUUUAUUUCGUUGGUAUGAACAAAGUGAAAAAGUAGAGAAUAAAGAACCACCAUUUUUAAGAACAUUUAUCGAUACAAUUACAGACAAUUUAACUAAAUCACCAAAUAAAUAUCGCUAUCCUGCAUCUGUAGAACAAUUUGCAUUGUCACUAUAUAUAUUGGGGGGCAGAAUGACCUAUCAAUUUUUGAGAAUGAACUUGUCUCCUGCUUUACCCAGUGUACAGACAUUAAAUAAAUUAAUAUCGAAUAGUGAUAUUAAAAUGAAUGAAGCACAUUUUCGUUUUGAUAAAUUAAAAGAAUAUUUUGAUCGAAUUACUAUCAAAUAUGCCUUUGCCUCGGAAGAUUGUACAGGUAUAAUAAGAAAAAUAAAUUAUGAUCAACAAACAAACUCAUUUAUUGGAUUUGCUACGCCACUUAUUAAUGGAAUACCAACUGCUAACUAUUAUCAAACAGAUUCUUUUGAUCAAUUAAAGUCAUGGUUUAGUUCGUCGGACAAAUCAUCUUUGUUGAAUAUACAUAUGAUUCAACCUUUGCAGCCAGCAAAUCAUUCAUCUGUUCCAGCUGCAUUUUUACUAUCGGCUUAUGGUGUCGUCAACACCUACACAUCAAUUGAUAUUUUACGGCGAUGGUACUUUAUAUUUGAUAACUGUUCACAGAGAAACAUUCGAAUUAUUGGUUUUUCAACAGAUGGCGACGCAAAAUAUCUUCGCGCUAUGCGCUUAGCCAGUGGGUUCUUUGCAUCGUUGCCACAUUUUAAAUUAAAUGAACAUCAAGAAGCAUUUGAUUUAACAACAAUAACAACAAAAUGGUCUUGGUUUUAUUUUAAAAAAAAACAGCUAUUAUUGUUUUUCCAAGAUGGCAUUCAUUUAGUUACUAAAUGGAGGAAUCGUCUGUUGUCAUCCACGGCACAACUUCGUCUUGGUUCACAAUAUAUAUCAAUAGAACAUUUAUUUGAUAUUAUUGAAGAUACCAAUUAUUCAAAAUUAGACCACGGAUUAACUCGAAGUGAUUUAAUCCCAAAGACCGUCAGAAUUACAAUUCCUGCGUGA